UAUAUAUUUAUGUAUUAUACACAUUGUGCUCUUCGGAAUCCGGCGAUUAAGUCAGGAAUCAGUUCGCUUUGGGAGCCCAACAUUAACAGUCCAGCACAAUUGCAAUGCACGCGUACCGCAUAUUUUUGGCUUGCGCAAUUUUCGCUAGCCAUUUGUAUCAAAUGGACCAACUGGGAGGGAUCUGCUUUAAGGCCUUGAACAUGAUGCUGGAUCAGUCGGCUGGCGACCAGCAACCUUUGAAUGCAACGGUCAAAGAAGAACCCCAAGGGGAAGUUGAACAGGAGACCCAUAAGACUACGGAUAAGGACAUUCCGCCCAAUUUCAAGCGCAUCGGAACGAAGUUCUAUUACAUCGAAAAAAAGAAAGGAUUAAAUUGGUUCGCAGCCGCAAAUGCCUGCGUCCAAAUGGGCGGCACCCUUGCGAGCAUAAAUAGCAAAGAGGAACUGACCGCUAUCGAUGCUGAGCUUCACAGCAAUUUAUCGUACUGGACGGGCAUCAACGAUCUGGCCGACGAGGGCGUAUACAAAUCUUUAGCUUCUGGCACUGCAGUUCCAUUCUUGGAGUGGUAUUCAGGAUAUCCUACGACUACGAAAACGGACAAAUCCGUUUCUUUGUGCCAAGGUAAAAUGAUCAAUAUUCCCCCUUCAUAUAGCCGACAUUUCAUUUGCCAAGCAGGCAAGGACAAUAAAUAACAUUAUAAAUUAUUUGAUUUGAAAAACAACAUUAAAAGUUUAUAAAGAAACAAAAAACUGUGUGUCAAAAUAUUUUAACAACCUAUCCGACUAUCAAAUACUCGUUACACUGUUUCAAGUAAAAAAUAAAAUGAAAUUCCAGUGCUGCCUUAGAA